UCGAGUAGCUUAAACGUUCAACUAACGCGUUUCUUGUUUUUCCAUUAAAAACGUUUUUUUCGUGUAAUGUAGUGACCUAAAACGUUAUUUUUGCCCAAAUUGGUCAUACUUUAUCUAGUUUGGGUGUUUAAAGUGUGUAAAAAAUCCCAAAAUUGUGAAAAAUGGACCCCAAUGUGCCGCCCCCGACGUUUCCGCCGCCGGGUAUGGGUACCCCACCGUUGAUGGGUUUCCAGCCCCUCAUUCCCCCAUUCAGUGUCCCCCCUCCCGGUUUUGGGGCUUUCCCUCCACCCCCAAACCCUUUGGAACAAUGGACGGAACACAAAGCCCCCGAUGGUCGCACUUACUAUUAUAAUUCUAUAACGAAACAGAGUUCGUGGCAAAAACCCGAUCAAUUGAAAACACCAACUGAGUUGAUGUUAUCGCAAUGUCCGUGGAAGGAGUACGUGGCGGAUAAUGGUAAAGUGUAUUAUCACAAUGUCACCACGAAGGAAUCGCGGUGGGUCAUGCCCCCCGAAUUGGAGGAAAUUAAGAAAAAAAUCGCAGCGGAGGAGGGUAAGGGCGUGUCAGCUGCAGUCACGCCCACCGAUGUUUCAAGCCCCGCCCAAUUACCAGUUGCACCACCCUCAAAUUCAAACUCACCAAGUAUUGCGUCAGUUGCUAGUCCUGGUGGGGGGAAAAGUGCGUUAGAGUCUUCCAUGGCUGCCACUCUAGCGGCAAUAAGUCUUCCAAAUCCAACCAAAACAGAAGAAGAAGCACCGGCGAUUCCAAGUGAGGCCCCCAAAGAGCCCCCAAAACCGGCCCCUGAGCCGGUGAAGGUUUUCAAAGACAAGAAGGAGGCAAUGGAGGCGUUUAAAGAAUUACUUAAAAGUAAAAAUGUUCCAUCGAAUGCUAGUUGGGAACAGUGUGUCAAAAUCAUCUCAAAUGAUCCCAGAUAUGAGACUUUUAAGAAAUUAAAUGAGAAAAAACAAGUGUUUAAUGCGUAUAAAACACAAAAACAGAAAGAUGAAAAAGAGGAAAGUCGACUAAAAGCGAAGAAAUCGAAAGAACAAUUGGAGGAGUUUUUACUAAAUUGUGAUAAAAUCACCUCAGCGACCAAGUAUUACAAGUGUGAUGAAUUGUUUGCCCAUUUGGAGGUGUGGAGUUGUGUGAGCGACUCCGACCGCCGCGACAUCUACGAAGACGUGGUUUUCGCCCUCGCUAAACGGGAGAAAGAGGAAGGAAAAGUUUUAAAAAAACGCAAUAUGAAAAAACUCGCUGAAGUUUUAGACAGUAUGACAAAAAUCAACUAUGAUACGACAUGGAGUGAAGCUCAGGUUCUCCUCCUCGCUAACAACGCCUUCAAAAACGACGUUAACCUCCUCGCCAUGGACAAAGAGGACGCUCUUAUCGUCUUCGAGGAGCACAUCCGUGUCCUAGAGAAAGAAAACGUCGAGGAGAAAGAACGCGAAAAAAAACGCCAAAAACGGCAAUGUCGCAAAAACCGGGACCAAUUUUUGGCCCUUUUGGACCACUUACACGAAGAGGGAAAAUUGACAUCGAUGUCACUUUGGGUCGAAUUGUAUCCAAUCAUAUCAGCCGAUAUACGAUUCUCCGCCAUGUUGGGACAACACGGAUCAACACCACUUGAUUUAUUCAAGUUUUAUGUCGAGGAUCUCAAAGCACGCUUUCAUGACGAGAAAAAAAUCAUCAAAGAAAUAUUAAAAGAGAAGAAUUUUGAGGUUAGAGUUGAUACGACUUUUGAUCAGUUUGCAACUGUCAUUUGUGAGGAUAAGAAAAGUGCGACAUUAGACGCCGGAAAUGUCAAAUUGACGUAUAAUUCGUUAUUGGAGAAGGCCGAGGCCCGGGAGAAGGAACGACUCAAAGAGGAGUCAAAACGUAUGAAAAAAUUAGAAUUGAAUUUUAAAAAUCUCUUACGUGAGAUGAAUAUUGAUUUCGAGUUGAGUUGGGAUGAAGUGAGGUCGAAAAUUGAGAAUGAGGACGAGUAUCAAGCUUUUGCGUGCGAAAAUGACCGAAUUAAGAUUUACAAGGAUUUCCAACACGAGAUGGAGGAGUCGUGCAGUCACCACCACUCCCGUUCCAAGAAAUCGAAGAAGAAGAAAAGUAAAAAGUACAAAUCGUCGAGUAGCGAGUCGGAAAGUGAGAAGAAGAAGAAACGUCGAUCGAGGAGUGAGUCGAAUUCGGAUGAUAGCGAAGAGGAGUACAGGAAGAAGAAAUCGAAGAAGAAGCACAAGAGAAAAAGCCCUUCUAGGACACCAUCAGUGGACAAACACGUUAGUCGUAGACCGUCAGAGGGCAAGAGUGGUGAAUUGAGUGAAUCUGAAUUAGAGAAACAGAGGGCGCUGUUGUUAGCCCAAUUAAAAGAGCCUGAAAGCGAGUAGGUUGUGGGUGAAAUAACGCCAUUUGUGUAGAAUUUGUGUAUUUUUUCACUUAAAUUACGUAAAAUAGAGAAUUUAUGUUACAGAAAUGCCUUUUCUUGUAAAAAUAAAUGUAAAAUUGAUAAAAUUCGAUUCAUUAAAUG